CUGUUCGUCUUGAUGUGUGUGUGUUCUAGGAUGAAUCUGUGCCACCGGUGUCUUUUCUGAAGAUCCUGAAACUGAACAAGACAGAGUGGCCCUACUUAGUGGUGGGAACGCUGUGCGCCAUUGCCAACGGGGCGCUCCAGCCGGCCUUCUCGGUCAUCUUCUCGGAAAUGAUAGCGAUUUUUGGACCAGGAGACGAUGAAGUGAAGCAGCAGAAAUGCAACAUGUUCUCAUUGCUUUUCUUAGGCCUGGGAAUUAUUUCCUUUUUUACUUUCUUCCUUCAGGGCUUCACGUUUGGGAAGGCUGGUGAGAUCCUCACCACGAGGCUACGGUCAAUGGCUUUUAAAGCGAUGUUGAGACAGGACAUGAGCUGGUUUGAUGAUCAUAAAAACAGUACUGGUGCACUUUCUACAAGACUUGCAAUGGAUGCCUCGCAAGUCCAAGGGGCCACUGGGACCAGGUUGGCUCUGAUUGCACAGAAUACGGCUAACCUUGGAACUGGUAUUAUCAUAGCAUUCAUCUACGGUUGGCAAUUAACCCUUUUGCUGUUAUCGGUUGUUCCAAUUAUUGCUGUAUCAGGAAUUGUUGAAAUGAAAUUGCUGGCUGGAAAUGCCAAGAGAGAUAAAAAGGAACUGGAAACUGCUGGAAAGAUUGCAACAGAGGCAAUAGAAAAUAUUAGGACAGUCGUGUCCUUGACCCAGGAAAGAAAAUUUGAAUCCAUGUAUGUUGAAAAAUUGUAUGGAGCUUACAGGAAUUCUGUGCGGAAGGCACAUGUCUAUGGGAUUAGUUUUAGUAUUUCACAAGCAUUUAUGUAUUUUUCCUAUGCUGGUUGUUUUCGAUUUGGUGCCUAUCUCAUCGUAAAUGGACACAUGCGCUUCAGAGAUGUUAUUCUGGUGUUCUCAGCGAUUGUGUUGGGCGCCGUGGCUCUAGGACAUGCUAGUUCCUUUGCUCCAGACUAUGCUAAAGCCAAGCUGUCUGCAGCCCACUUAUUCAAGCUAUUUGAAAGACAACCCUUGAUUGACAGCCACAGUGAGGAAGGCCUGAGGCCCGAUAAGUUUGAAGGGAAUGUGACACUUAAUGAAGUCGUGUUCAGCUACCCCAGCCGGCCAAACGUGCCUGUGCUUCGGGGGCUGAGCCUGGAGGUGAAGAAGGGCCAGACGCUGGCCCUGGUGGGCAGCAGCGGCUGCGGGAAGAGCACGGUCGUCCAGCUCCUGGAGCGGUUCUACGACCCCUUGGCUGGCACAGUGCUCCUAGAUGGUCACGAAGCAAAGAAGCUCAACAUCCAGUGGCUCAGAGCCCAACUUGGAAUCGUGUCCCAGGAGCCCAUCCUGUUUGACUGCAGCAUUGCCGACAACAUUGCCUAUGGGGACAACAGCCGGCCCGUAACCAUGCCUGAAAUUGUGAGCGCAGCCAAAGCAGCCAACAUCCAUCCUUUCAUUGAGACCUUGCCCCACAAAUAUGAAACAAGAGUGGGAGACAAGGGGACUCAGCUUUCCGGGGGACAGAAACAGAGGAUUGCUAUUGCCCGAGCCCUCGUCCGACACCCCCGCAUCUUACUGCUGGAUGAAGCUACAUCAGCGUUGGACACUGAAAGUGAGAAGAUUGUCCAAGAAGCCCUGGACAACGCCCGAGAAGGCCGCACCUGCAUCGUGAUCGCUCAUCGCCUGUCCACCAUCCAGAACGCAGACUUGAUAGUGGUGAUUGAGAACGGCAGGGUCAGGGAGCAGGGCACGCACCAGCAGCUGCUGGCACAGCGAGGCAUCUACUUCACCAUGGUCAGCGUCCAGGCUGGGACAGAGAACUGAUGAACUCUUGUUAUAGUGUAUCUUAAAAAUAAAUUCCGACAACUUUUUCUGAUUUAGAGACUUCUUUUAUAAGUCACCAUAAAACAUAGGUAUAUCUUAUUCCAAUCUGCAACAUCCAAUUUGGGGUUGGAUAUUACAGCUUUUGAAAUUUAGUUGUUAAAAGUAACAUCUGGCUUGAUGCAGCAUGAAAACAGCCUGGCUCUGAGUUACCAAAAAUGUAUGGAGAGAAUACUACUCACCAUAAAAAAAGAAGUAACACCAUUUGCAGCCUCAUAGAUGGACCUAGAGAUUAUCUUAAUAAAAUCAGUCAUUAUCUUAACUAAAUGUUUCUCAGACAAAUACCAUAUGAUAUUGCUUAAAUAUGGAAUCUGGGAUCAACAGAAACACACUACUAUAUAUAAAAAUAAACAUCAAGGACCCACUGUAUAGCACAGGGAACAAUAUUCAAUAUCUUGAAUCUAUAAUGGAAAAGAAUCUGAAAAAUAGACAUAUAAAAAUAAUGGAAUCACUUUGCUGUAUACCUGAAACAUUGUAAAUCAACUAUAUAUGAAUUUAAAAAACGAAAGUAAAAAAUUUAGGUAUAGAAAACUGUAGAUUGAAGAUAUAAUCCAAUCCCUAUCAAAUUAUUCAUGACAUUUUCUACAGAACUAAAAUAAUCCUAAGAUACAUAUGGACCCAUGAGAGACAGAGAAUUGCCAAAGCAAUUAUUUUCCUGAAGGAAAAAAACAAAGCAGGAGGCCUAAGCCUCUCAGACUUCAGACAGUACCAUAAAGCUAAUCAAAACAGCAUGUUAUUGGCACAAAAACAGACAUAUGGAUCAAUGGAACAGGACAGACAGCCUAGAAGUAAAACCACACACCUACAGUCAAUUAAUCUUUGACAAAGGAAGCAAGAAUAUACAAUGGAGAAAAGACAGUCUCUUUCAGCAAGUGGUACUGGGAAAGCUGGACAACUUCAUGUAAAUCAAUGAAGUUAGAAUACUCCCUCACUCUGUAAGUGAAAAUAAAAUGGCUUAAAGACAAACAUAAACAUUACACCAUGAGACUCCCUAGAAGGGAUCAUAGGCAAAACAUUCUGACAUAAUUCAUACCAAUUUUUUUUUGGCUGUACCAAGUCUUAGUUGUGGCACAUGGGAUCCUCUAUCCUCAUUGCGGCAUGCAGGAUCUUAAGUUGUAGCAUGUGGGAUCUAGUUCCUCAGCCAGGGAUUGAACCUGGACUCCCCUGCAUUGGGAGCAUGGAGUUUUAGCCACUGGACCACUCGGGAAGUCCUCAUACCAGGGUUUUCUAGAUCAGUUUCCCAAGGCAACAGAAAUAAUAACAAAAAUAAAUAAAUGGACCUAAUCAAACUUACAAGCUUUUACAGAAUGGGAGAAAAUAUAUACAAAUGAUGUGAACUAGGGACUGAUUUCCAAAAUAUACAGCUCUACAACUCGGUAAACAAACAACCCAAUCAAAAAAUGACCAGAAGUUCUAAACAUUUUUCCAAAGAAGACAUACAGAUCGCCAACAGGCAUAUGAAAAUAUGCUCAACAUUGCUAAUUAUUAGAAAAACGUAAAUCAAGACUACAAUAAGGUAUCACCUCACAUCAGUCAGGAUGGCCAUUAAGAACUCUACAAAUAACAAAUACUGGAAAGGGUACAGAGAAAAGGGAACCUUCCUAUACUGUUGGUGAGAAUGUAAGUUGGUACAACCACCAUGUGGGGAAGAGGAAGGCAGCUCAAGAGGGAAGUGAUAUAUGUAUACUUAUGGCUGAUUCACGUUGUACUGUAGAAACCAACACAUUAUAAAGCAGUUUGCCCCCAAUUAAAUAUUUUUUUAAAAAAGAGAAAAAAAAAAAAACCAGCCAAAUGAUUCUAAGUGUGCUGACAAUCAAGUCAACACUUGUACUAGUGAGUAUAAAGGUCUUAACUCGGAUUUCAUCUUUGUAGUCUGUAUUAACUCCUAAGGAUACAUCAAGUGCCAUAGAGGCCAAUUCUGAAUGUUUUCACAAAGAAAUAACAAUGACAACCAGUCAUCAGAACCAGAACCUAUGAAAAUGUAACCAAAAAAGGAUAUAUAUUAUACAACCAGUGCACUAAAUGUAUUGUAAUAUUUGUGGUAGGUUGCUACAAAAUGGCCCCCAAUAAACCACGCCUUCUUGUGCCCACUCAUUUACAUUUACCAAAUUAUUUAUAAAUUACUUUGCUUCUCCUCUUACUGUGAGGCAAAACCUUUUUCCUCCUCCACUUGAUCCUGGGCUGCUCUGGUAACUCGUUCUAGCCAAGUGCACACAAAAGGGACAUCAUGUGCCUUCAAAAUGACUUCAGAGCCUAGGCCUCAAGAGGUCUUUCAACUUCCACCCUUCCCUCCUAAGAACACUCCCACUGCCCAGUUCGGAAGUCCAGGCUAGAAUCCUGAAUGAUCAAAGACCAUGCAGACAAGCCCCAGCCACCAUGUCCCCAGGCAGGUGUGAGGCUGUCUCAGACUUUGCAGCCUCACCGCCUGCCUGGUACGGGCAGCGCUGUAACUCAGGCAAGACAGCAGCACAGCCGAGCGAGUGG